CAUAGCUCUUCGGGGGCGCUGGUAGAGUAACAGGCGCUGCUCUACUCUGCUGCUUCAAAACAAACCUCUUGAAGCUCCUGGACUCCCCGUGCCUCUUUUGAGAAGAAGAAUCCGUCUUCCUCACCAAAGAUUCAACUGACUAGUAAAGACAGUGGUUAUGUUUGGGUAAAGACUGGAGUAUGUAUAGAGAGUAUCUCCACUGAGUUUUCCUGCUGAGCCAGUGGGUAUCUGCACAAAAGUCUUCUCUUGAAAUUCUAAUAUCUGGUUCCAAUCUGAACUAAAUAUGGAUCGGGCGACAAUUGAUAUUGAGCAUUCAGAGAAGCUAGAGCAGAAAGGUCGCCUAAUGAGCAUUUCUUUCAACAUUUUAUCUGAGGCUGAUGCAGUAAGGAAAUCAGUGAAGCUAAUUGGAGCUGCCAGUGAAGUGACAGAUCCUGCUUUGGGUUUUCCUAAUCUAAUUAACCAUUGCAAUACUUGUGGUGCCAAAGACAGAAGAGAAUGUGAAGGUCAUUUUGGUUUAAUCAACUUCCCUUUUACAAUUCUCAACCCAUAUUUCUUACCAGAGGUUGCACAGAUUUUAAAUAAGAUCUGUCCGGCAUGCAAAUCUGUUCAUGUUAAUAAGGUUAAGAGCUCUGGAUCAACAUCUGUGCGUGACCACUCUGAUACUUGUAAAUAUUGUGAUGGAAGGUCAAGAGAUUCUUAUCCACCAAUGAAAUUCAAAGUGACUUCAAAAGAUGUCUUCGCCAAAACUGCAAUAAGUGCAGAAGUGAGCGAAAGGUCAUCAAGCAAUAGGAGUUCAAAUGGGUCAAUGGCUUCUGAUUAUUGGGAUAUUAUUCCUUCUGAUGCUCAGCAAGAUCUAAGUAAUUUGGGAUCAAAUAAACGCCUUCUGUCACAUGCCCAGGUUUAUAACAUCUUAAAAGAUGUUGACCCGAGGUUCCUUGAAUCAUUUCUGAAAAGGAAAAGCUCUGUCUUCCUUAACUGUUUUCUUUUGACUCCCAACUGUCAUCGUGUGACAGAAUUGGGACAACAUAUAACUUUUGACACAAAAACAAAGUUGUACAAAAAAUUGAUUGAUUUUAGAGGAACUGCCAACGAACUGAGUGCUCGUGUUCUGGACCUCAUUAAAGUUUCAAAGGUUCGAUCUGAAAAGUCAUCAGCUAUAAAUUCUGCUUUCAGUGUGCUUGGUUUUAAAGAUUCUGCUGUUGCUACAUCUGGUUUAAAGUAUAUCAAAGAACUACUUUUGGGAAAGCGAACUGAUCAUGCUUUUCGCAUGGUUGUAGUUGGCGAUCCAAAUAUAAAUCUUGGUGAAAUUGGCAUGCCUCGUCAUAUUGCAGAAAAGCUGCUUGUCUCUGAGCAUGUGAACAAGUGGAACUUUGGGAAGCUAAAGGAUUAUGUUGCCCUAAUACUUGUUGGUGGUGGAGAGAUUUGUGUUCGUAGAGGAGGUAGACUUGAGAAACUUAGUAUCAUUGACAAGCUGUGUUGUGGAGAUGUUUUGUAUAGGCCUAUGCUUGAUGGAGAUAUUGUUUUGAUAAACAGGCCUCCGUCUAUCCAUCAGCACUCCAUGCUUUCCCUAUCUGUCAGAAUUCUUCCAAUAAAUUCAGUUCUCUCUAUCAAUCCUCUUAUUUGUUCUCCUCUCCGUGGAGAUUUUGAUGGUGACUGCCUUCAUGGUUAUGUAUCUCAAUCAGUUGAUUCUAGAGUUGAACUCAAUGAACUUGUUGCUCUAAACAAACAGCUACUUAAUGGGCAGAGUGGUCGAAACCUUUUGUCACUAAGUCAUGAUAGUUUAACUGCAGCUCAUUUAAUUUUGGAGGAUGGGGUGACUUUGGACAAGUUUCAAAUGCAGCAAUUGCAGAUGUUUUGCUCUUGCCCAAUGCCAAUUCCUGCUAUCACCAAAGCCCCUGGAAACAAGUGUUUUUGGACAGGGAAACAAUUAUUUUCCCUACUUAUUCCUCCAUGUUUUGAUUAUGUUUCACAGUCAAAUGGUGUGCAGAUAAGCAAAGGGGAAAUUGUUACUUCUUCUAGUGGGUCUUCUUGGCUGCGGGAUAACGAUGGGAACCUCUUCCAUAGUCUUGUUAGAUGCUGUAAAAAUGAAGUUCUUGGCUUUCUGUGUGCUGCACAGGAAGUUCUUUGUGAGUGGUUGGCAAUGAGAGGGCUAAGUGUAUCACUCUCUGAUCUUUACCUUACUUCUGAUGCAUAUUCCAGACAAAAUAUGAUUGAAGAAGUCUCUUGUGGGCUGCAAGAAGCAGAGCUGCUAUCUUCAAUCAGACUUCUGAUGAUGGGUUCCAAUCAAGAUUUCCUUGUUGAAAGCACUGAAGCAAACAAACGUAGUGUAGAUUUUGGAGAACAGCAUUUGUCUUCUAUUCAGCAGCAGAACUCCUCAGUACUCAGUGAAGCUUCUGUUUCUGCUUUUAAGCAAGUGUUUUUGGAUGUUCAGCAUUUGGUGUACCACUAUGUGAGCAAGGAUAACUCAUUUUUAUCUAUGUUAAUGGCUGGAAGCAAGGGCAACUUGCUAAAAUUAGUUCAGCACAGUAUGUGUCUUGGUUUGCAGCAUUCAGUGGUUCCAUUAUCCUUUAGUAUUCCCCAUCAGCUUUCUUGUGCUACCUGGAAUUAUCAUAAGAUCUCUGUUCAUGAAUCUCAUGGUACCUUAGAUCAUUCCGGUUCUUACAUCCCGUUUGCUGUCAUUGAAAAUUCAUUUCUAACAGGCUUAAAUCCUAUGGAAUGUUUUGUGCAUUCAUUGACAACUCGAGAUAGUUCUUUCAGUGGUCAUGCAGAUGUGUCUGGGACUUUGACCCGGAAACUUAUGUUUUUCAUGCGUGAUCUAAGCAUUGGAUAUGAUGGAACAGUAAGAAAUUCUUAUGGAAAUCAACUUAUUCAGUUUUCAUACAAUAGCAGAGAUACUCUGACUCCCUGUAACUGCAAUGAUGAGUCUCCCAGUGAGACAAUUCCAGCUUAUGAUGUUGUGGGUGGUCAUCCUGUUGGUGCACUGGCUGCUUGUGCGAUUUCUGAAGCCGCAUACAGUGCAUUAGACUUGCCUAUUAGUGCACUUGAAUCAUCACCACUCCUGAACCUGAAGAAAAUUCUAGAUUGUGGAGUGAAAAAGAGCAGUGGUGAUAAGACUGCAUCAAUCUUUUUGUGUAAGAAACUUGGAAGGCAGACCUAUGGUCUUGAAUAUGGAGCAUUAGAAGUGAAGGAUCAUUUGGAGAGGCUAAUGCUCGAAGACGUAGUUUCUUCUUCAAUGAUCAGCUACUCCAAGGAGAAAUGUAGUCGCAGUCAAAUAAGUCCUUGGAUUUGUCAUUUUCAUAUAUCCAAGGAAAUUAUCAAGAGGAAAAGGCUCAGGGUGCAGUCAAUAAUUGAUGCUCUUAACAUGGCAUGGAGAUCUGCUAAAGUAAAAUUGAAAAUAAAUCUUCCAGACCUGCAGAUAACGGGAAAGGCGUGUUCUCUAGCUUUAAAGCAAAAUGAAAAGGAUACCAAGAUAUGCCUCACAGUUUCAAUUCUUGAGAAGUCCAAGAAAUCAUCUUUACGUCUGGAUAUCCUUCGAAAUAUGGUAAUGCCGUUCCUCCUUGGAACUGUUAUAAAAGGGUUCCCAGAAUUUAAGAAAGUUGAUAUCAUGUGGAAAGAUUGUCGGAAUUCAUCAAAAUCUUCUAAAGGCUCUUUGGGUGGAGUUUAUUUGCGGGUUUUCAUGUCAGAGAAGUGUGACAGAACGAAAUUCUGGAGUGUCCUUGUGGACAAUUGCCUCCGCAUAAGAGAUCUCAUUGAUUGGGAACGCAGUCAUCCAGAUGAUAUUCAUGAUAUGGCUCCAGCUUAUGGCAUUGAUGCUGCAGUAAACCACUUUCUAAGUAGUCUCAAUUCUGCAAUCAGUGAUACUGGGAAAACAAUUCUCCCAGAACAUUUAGUUCUUACUGCAGAUUGCCUUUCUGCUACUGGAGAAUUUGUUGCUUUAAAUGCCAAAGGGCUGGCACAGCAAAGAAAGGAGACUGCUGUUUCUUCACCCUUUCUGCAAGCAUGCUUUUCUAGCCCAGGUGAUUGCUUUGUUAGAGCUGCCAAGACGGGAAUUGUGGAUAAUCUUCAAGGAACUGUAGAUGCCUUGUCAUGGGGAAUGGUUCCUUCAAUAGGGACUGGUGCUCGAUUUGAUAUCAUUUAUUCUGGGAAGGGUCAUGAACCUGCUAAGUCCAUAGAUGUCUACGAUCUGCUGGGUAGCAUUGUCAACUUGAAUCAGCAAGUGAAGUUUCCGAACAAAGACUAUGAAAUGUCUGGAAAAUCUAUUGUGCAACAUUUAUUUGCAUAUGAUGAUUUAGCGACAAAGGGAUGCAUUCUCCCACGGACACUCUUGCGGAAUUUCUUCUCAUUGAAAGAUAUCCAAAAGCUCUCUCACAGCUUGAAACAUAUGUUAAAUAAGUAUGAUGUUGAUUGCCAGCUCAGUGAAAUAGAUAAGACUAUUGUAAUGGCUGCUUUAAGUUUUCAUCCUCGAAGCAGUGAGAAGAUUGGAAUAGGGGCUCAUGAAAUUAAGGUGGGAUAUCACUCAGAAUAUGAUAAUUCUCGCUGCUUUGUGUUGGUAAGGAAAGAUGGGACUGUUGCAGACUUUUCUUAUCACAAGUGUGUACAUAAUGCUCUGCAGUUAAUUGCUCCUGAUUGGGCAAAAAAAUACGAGUCAAAAUGGUUGAACGGCCCCAAGGCAAAUAGUCGAGUGUGGCCAAUGGGCCAUCGUUGCCGAAAAUAAGACCAUAGCUUUCUAUCCUCUAUCCUUCUCCUUACAUAUAGAUGAUAACAACGGGACAGUGAAACCUGGAGUAAAUUUUGCUUUGUUAUUUUGGUUUUUGGAGGGCUCACCGGGGCAGUUAGGGCGUAGUUUAGUAUUAUAAGACAAAAUGCAUCAUUCGCACAAACUUUAGAAGUACAAGCAUUAUGUUAUCCUAGAGGAACGGAGGGAAAGGUAUAAGCAGCUGACUGGUUUGUGAAAGUGUUUCUGACUGACCUAACGAUAGGAUAGUAAGAUAUCAGCAGCUGCCCUGCAGUAGAAUGAUUGGAUCCGCAUGCAGAUGCAUCACUGGCAAUUUCUUCAUAUUCUGAAUCUGUGUAGUUUUGUGCAAUGGAUGACGCUAAUGCCUAAAUGCUGAUUACAAGUGCUAGAACUUACAUUAUUACCCGCUGCUGUUUGCCAAGAGAUAUAAUAGAGGAGGAAGUGGAAGAUAGGAGGAGGAGAGGAUGAACUAAUAGAACUGUUGUAUUUCUCUGUUGUUAAAUAGUUUUCUUUGUAAUGGUUAAACGUGUUGGAGUUUAACAUCUUAUAAAUGUAUAGGGUAGCUCAAUUCUCAUGCUUCUUUUUGCUGCUUCCACUAAGGUUUGUUUGCCUAGUUUUGAAAUGGCAAAGAAGAUUUAGUGGAAGUAGCAGCGAGACGCUCUGAAUUAAGGGGCUGCAUAUCCAUUUUGAUGUUGUAAUAUCACAUGGUACUUUGUAUGCUGCCUGCUUAUAUCGACUUUGUUUCAAGAAAUUACCCUGGCCGUGCUGCUGGCAACUUAGGAGUUGGUCGUUGGCAUAAAUGCAGACAUCAGUUUGAAUGCCAA